AUGCCACCUCGCAUGGUGGUGAAACGUUUGCGAGAAAACCGCCAAGCUCGGAGAACAAAUGAACCAUUGAUUCAUCAACCCGAGCUACCGGUAUUUCGAAACAUUUUAAACAACUACGGGCGUUCAGCGCUCCGAUGUGCUCGCCGUUGGGAGGACUUCGCUUGUAGACAAGCCUCUACAAGACAGCAGCUCUUCUUUCUUCAUGAAUGUCUGAGGAAAGACAUUCUUCCUCGCAGUAUCAGAUACAGACCGCCGAUUGAUCACCCUCAAGCGUGGACUGCUGCUCGACAAUUCGGGAGGCGUAUGAUACGCUUAAUGAUCACCGACGCUCACAAUCGUCUCAGAAAAUAUGACAGAAGUAUGAACGAACAUCGGUCUAGCUGCCUUCAAGUCGUUGGACAACAAUUAACAGAACAACUAGAAGCUGCAAUAGAACAUCGGGUAGCAAACACCAGGACAAAAAAGCAUAAUGCGCUUCUCGAUAAGUUAUCAAAGUUGACGUCUCCUAAAGAUGAAAAUAUCAGUGACGGCUGGAUUAGAAAUCUUUCCAACCGACCAAUCAGCGAUGCCGAAAAGCAAGUCCUCAUCAAGGGAUUAAACUACAACUACAGAGAUGCAACGGCUACCGACUUCUUAGCAGCAUUCGAAAGCGUCCUACAAUCCAAUGGAUUAGACGAAGAGACUCAGAAGCAAAUAAGACACACAAUUGUUCCUGCUAUAACGCACAACAAGCAAUACAACGCCUUAACCAGACAAGAAAAAGAGGCAAUGAAUACCCUGAAGUCUGAUGAAACAAUCAUUAUCCUACCAGCUGACAAGGGACGAAUGAGUGUCAUAAUGAAUAGAGAGGAUUACAUUGAGAAGGCUACACGUCUCUUGAAUGAUACAACAACCUACAGGUGCAUCGACACCGAUCCAACUUCGCAGCUGACAAACAAAGUAAACAAAACAUUGAAGCAACUUCAGGAAUUGAAGCAAAUCACGAAAGAAGAGCGCGAGAGGAUGAGAGCCCGCGACUCGAACAUCGCGCAAUUCUACGGACUCCCAAAGGUGCACAAAGAUAAUGCACCGUUGCGGCCUAUCGUGUCUCUCCCUGGAACACCCACCUACAACCUGGCGAAAGAAAUGUGGAGACGCCUCAAACAUUUAACCUAUGGAUCGCAAUAUUCCAUAACCAAUGCCCAGCAGUUUCUGCAAAAGAUCAAAGACCUGCGAUUAGAUAAUGAUGAAACAAUGAUAUCAUUCGACGUGACUGCACUCUUCACGUCUGUCAACUUGCAGACAGCAAUAGCGGUCAUCACGGAACGGCUGAAGGUCAGUGAACAACAAAUCGGCAAAAUGACGACCGAAAAUGUAUGUAAACUACUCCACUUGUGUUUGUCGACCCACUUCUCAUUCAAUGGAAAGAUUUACGAGCAAUUGAAAGGCGCACCAAUGGGAUCACCUGUGUCAGGGCUCAUCGCAGAGAUGGCUAUGCAGAAAUUGGAGGAGGAGGUACUACCACUCAUCAAUCCGAAACUGUGGGUUCGGUAUGUGGACGACACUUUUGUGAUAAUCAGACGCAACCAAAUAACAGUCGCACAACAGCUAUUGAAUAACGCCAUGGAAGGGAUCCAAUUUACAAUGGAACUGGAGAAGGAAAGGCAGCUCCCUUUCUUGGAUGUAUUAGUAACAAGAACUAUGGAAGGCGAGCUGCAAACAUCGGUCUACAGAAAAGGCACACACACAGACCAAAUUCUGAACUUUAACAGCAACCACCCGAAAUGCCACAAAGUAAGCUGUGUGCGGACACUGUUUCGCAGAGUGCAAACACACUGUAGUACCACAGAAGCAAAGCAAAUGGAAGAAAAACACCUACUUAAAUGUUUCCAACUCAACGGAUACCCACGAAGCUUCAUCCGAAGGUGUCUGAAUCACAACAACGUCAACAUACAGCCUACAACAACAACAACAGCAGCAGCGGCAACAACAAACACAACAACAACGACAACGGAGAAACGGGUUGUUCUGCCUUAUAUGAAGAACAUAUCGGAAAUGGCAGCCAGACUACUCAAACAGCAUCAUCUCAUCGUAGCACACAAACCAACUGCCACGUUGAGAAAAACCCUUUCAAAACCAAAAGAAAAACUGCGGGCACAUGAACAACGCAAUGUGGUAUACAAAAUACCUUGCCGAGAUUGCGAAAGGGAUUAUGUUGGCCAAACGGGAAGAAAAUUGGUAACAAGGAUACAAGAACAUAAGAGAGCCUGUGUAAAGCAUUAUGCAUCGUCGCUAGUUUCAAUACAUGUAGAUGAAGAAGGACAUAGCUUCGAUUGGAGCAAAGCAGAAGUCCUGGCACGGGGUGAAACAAGAAAAGAAAGAGAAUUCUUGGAAGCUUGGUUCUCAACGAAACAUUCAAUCAACAUGCGUGUGGACAUCGAUUCAAUAUACGAACCACUACGACAGAAAGAAAGAAAGAACCUUUUGUCACGC